AUGUUCCUAGCAUAGAUCACAUACGAUCCAUCUCUCCACUUCCCAAGGAAAGUGACCUGCAGGGUGCUGCUGACGCUCUCAUUCGUCUCCAAGACACCUACAACCUUAACAUGUCUGCCAUGGCUCGUGGAAUCAUUCGGAGCAGUGGACGAAUCCAAUCAUUUGAAGCUCAUGAACAAUUAACGGCUAGAGACUGCCUCUUCUUAGGAAAACACUCCUUUAACCAAGGCCUUUAUGAUUAUGCAAUCAACUGGUUUGAGGCUGCUCUAAUCAAAGCGAAAGAGGAGGGAAACAGAACGGUCAGUCCUGACGAAAUCCAACCAUUCCUGAAUUUCGCCAUCAAUACGCAUGACAAUGUCUCACUAGAAAGAGGUGAAGCAGGAGUAACUUGGAAGAAUGCUUCUGUUCCGUUCAGAGAGAAAAACGAAGUGUUUUACGAAAGGAAUUUCGAACCAGUGUUUUUUGUUGACAAUCUUGACCCUGUAAUAGAAAAGGAACAAUUCAACAGACUUUGUCGCGGAGAGCAACUCAGGCCUGUAGAGUGGGACAAGGAUCUUGGGUGCCGAUAUUUUAAUGGUCAUCAUCCAUAUCUGCUGUUACAACCAAUUAAGUUAGAAGAAAAGAGCCACAAACCUUAUAUUGUACAGCUCUAUGAUGUUAUAAGUGAUCAAGAAAUCCAAAGACUUCAGAAUCUUAGUCAAUUUACACUACACAGGUCUUCUCACUACGGGAUCAGUGGGGAAUUCGAAGCUUCUCUAAUGCGAACAAGUGCAAGCUCUUGGUUGACAGAAGAAACUGAUCCAGUGAUUGUGAAAUUGGACCGUCGAGUUGGAAUGAUUACGGGAUUGGCUACGAAGUAUAGCAUGGAAGAAGCUGAAGCUUACCAGGUCGCAAACUAUGGGAUUGGUGGUCACUAUGUUCCUCAUCAGGACCAUCUACAAAGUGCUGGAAUGAACUCAUCCAUGUUUCAAGGAUUUGAAUACCGGGCUGGAGACCGGAUAGCAACGUGGAUGUUCUAUCUAUCUGAUGUCGAGGCUGGUGGAGGCACUGCCUUUACUUAUGCUGGAGCUGUGGUUUGGCCAAAGAAGGGAUCCGCUGCGUUCUGGUGGAAUUUGAAACGAAACGGUGAGGGAGACGAGAUGACUCGUCAUGGGGCGUGCCCUGUGCUACACGGAUCUAAGUGGGUGAGCAACAAGUGGUUCAGGGUGAAUAGCCAGAUGUUUCGGAAGCCGUGCAGUUUAGAGAGGGACGAAUAUUUUACAUGUUUAUAGAUUCAUCUACGAUACAUUUACCGUAGUUUCAAAUAAUGGAAGUUUAAAGUGAGGUUUUACAUUCAUCCGGUCAUUUUAAACGGAUUGUAUUCAAACCAAGUAU